AUGCCCAUUGCUACCGCCGCAUCUGUCCGCCCAUGGGUGCCGCCCGCCGAGACCAAGGCCGACGUGGACUGGGCGACGCUCCGCACGAUCGACUUGAGCAAGUUUGACUCGCCGGACCUGGCCGAGCGCGAGGCGAUGUACGAGACGUUCAAGUCGGCCGUGUUCGAGGAUGGCUUUCUGUAUCUCGUCAACUUUGGCUUGUCGCAGGAGCAGAUUGACCGCCAGUUCGCCAUUGCGCAGCACGCGCUCAUCGACAGCCACAUCACCGAGGAGGAGAAGCAGCGCUUCCAGUGGAAGUAUCUGGACACUGGCAAGUACACCGGCUACAAGCCCCGCGGGUUCUGGGACAUUGCCAAGGGCGUCAAGGACAAUGUCGAGAGCUACAACUACUACUCGGAGACACUAGGCGACGACGCCGACCUCCCCGCGUGCCUCUCAUCUCACAUUGGAGAGAUCCGCGAGUUCACCGAGUUCUGCCACGACGUCGUGAACCGCAAGCUGCUCAGUCUCCUCUCGCGCAUGCUCGAGCUGCCGGACGACUACCUGUGGGACAAGAUCCAGAGCCACAACGGCCCGAUCGGCGAAGGAUACUUCCGGCAAAUGAUGUUCCACCCCGCUUCGGCGGAGCACCGCGCGAAGAGCGCAGUCCAGAUGCACGGGCACCAGGACUACGGUGUGACGACCAUGCUGCUGUCCCAGCCGAUCGCAGCGCUGCAGGUGCUCUCGGCGGACGGCGCGUGGCGCUACGUCAAGUACAAGCCUGGGGGCAUGAUCGUCAACCUUGGCGAGGUGCUCGAGUUCAUCUCGGGCGGACAUCUGCCGGCUACGCGCCACAGGGUGACGCAGUGCCCGGCCGACCAGGCGGGCGAGUACCGCCUCACGAUUGGGCUGUUCGCCGCGGCAAAGAACAGCGUGUCUCUCGGCCCGCUGCUCGACUCGCCCCUCCUCCAGCGGAAGGGGUAUGUCAACCGCUUCCAACCUGGUGCCGAGGGUGUGGUGGACGCGACCAAGGUGGGUUGGGUGCCGGAAGGGGUGAAGCUGACAGACCAGAUCCCCACGGCCGAGCAGUGGCGCGUGGCGCGCGUGCUCCGCUCCCAGACCCCGCCAGAGGACGUGGUCGAGGUCAGUGGAGUCAAGUACAACAGACAGUACUUCCAGGGCAUCUAUGUUCUGGAGCCUAUCUAG